AGGUGGCACAAGCUUGCUUUCCCUCCGAAACUGGAAGAGUUGGCUGAAAACGUUGCGGUGGCCUGCAGCCUCAGGGUUUAAGGCAGCGCCUACCUAUCUAAAGAACAGUCACAUAACCACAUAAUCAGGCCUUCUAUUCCCAAUACAUUUCUCAUUCAUUUUAUUCAUAAGAAGGGUUAAAUGAGUUUCCGUUCGACAAACACCACAAUUUUUGAAACUUUUCUAACUUAAAUCUUUUCAAAAAUUAAACACAUUUCAAUAUUAUUUAGCAUUAUUUAAACAAUAUUUAAAUGAUACAAUGUAAUGAAUACAGCGAAGAAAAAGAACGUCUUCCGUGCAAACGAUUUUAUAGAAUGAAGAAUGCACGUGGUGUGUUUACGUCGGUGCUCUGGUUUCAGCGGUGUUUCGGUGAUGUUUCGUCUGCUAUUGCGGGAUUCUGCUCCGUUUCCCCACAGACUUAUUUCGUUUAGUGGUGGAUAAAGUGUGAACAUUUAGAAUAGAUGUUGUGUUCGCUGUCUGAUUAUUUUAUUUUAGAUCGAGAAAAAGCAUUUUAUUGACAGCUAAAAGGUAUGUUAACUGUAUAUAGUGUUUACGAUUCUAACCAGAUAUUCUGAGUAAGAAAAACAAAUAAUAAAAACUCGAAAAAAUAGCCCAUAAUUGCUAUUUUUUACUCGUAUCAAAAUUUAUGAAAAAAACUUACUUAAAAGCUUAUAACGAUUGUGAUAUAGUAGCAAAAUUCUGAUUCGUUAAAUUUUGUGAAUAAAUAUGAAAGAUAAGUUGAAACUUAUGAUUAUUGUGAUAAGAAAAAGUAAUUAAAAUGUGUUUUGUAUGUGCUAAUUAGAACAGUUUGCAUAUUAGAAACUAUUAUAGAAUGUUUCUACUUUGAGAAGAUCUUAUGGAUGAACAUUCAAACUUUUUAAUCUAAAAAAUAAACUAUCCGAAGAAAAUUGAUCAUACAUACUUUUAAACACAUCGUUUAGAAAUUCAAAAGAGUUCAUGGAAUUAUGGCAUGACAUUUGGAAUAAGCUACUCAAAACCAUGAUAUCAUUUUUAUCAAAAUAAUGCAACAAACUAAUUAAUUUAUAAAUGCUCCAUUUAUUUGGGCUUAAUGGAUAUGUACUCCAUUGCAAGUGCCAUUUAUUACAAAUGUUGAAAGAAAACCAUGUGAUGCCAACAUGAAGAAAAAAAGCGUUUCUCUAUUAAAAGAAUAUUCAUAAAAGAAUACAAUAUUUAACUGAACAGAAAUAAGGAGAUCCGAGUUUCUUUUGCAAUGAGGAAACCUAAAAUCUAUCCUUACAUCUCCUUCAUAACUCAAAGUUAUCGUCUGUUUGUUUUAAACAUUUUCGUUUGCUUCAUUAUGAUGCUUAUCAAAGUUUGCGCGAGCGAUUUAUCGUCUGCCGCACCUGAUGAAACACCUUGUUCUGUGCUUUGUGAAUGUCUUGGUCCUGAGUUUGCCAUCCAAGCGGAUUGUUCGAAUCGGUCCUUGGUGGUUGUGCCUAAUGACUUAAGCCAUUGGACAGUAAAGCUGUAUCUCAGCGAUAACAACAUCACGAAACUUGGAGAAUCACCAUUUCGGAAUUUAUCCAAUUUAUUGGAAAUAAACUUAGCGCACAAUAAUAUCUCCCAUGUAUCACCUGGAGCAUUUUUCGGACUCAACAAACUCCGUUCAUUAUCACUUCAACACAAUAAAUUAGGAAAUAUCCCAACCGAAGCUUUGCAGCCCUUAACCAAUUUGGAGGCACUGCAUUUGGAUGUCAACCAAUUGGUGGAUGUACCCCAAGGGAGUUUGGUUUCAUUAGUGAAAUUGCAGAAAUUGUGGUUGAACGGAAAUCAGCUACAAGUCAUCCCUUCCCGAGCUCUUGAUCAGCUUCCAGAAUUGGAAGCUUUAGACCUGGGCGAAAAUAAAAUCCAUAGUGUUCCAGAUUAUGCUUUCAAAAACCUAUCGAAACUGGUUAUUCUAAUGCUGUACAGAAAUGAAAUUAGCUUUAUUGGACCUCACGGACUGGAUGGACUAGCGUCUUUGAAAGUAUUGGAAAUUCAUGGGAACAAGCUAACGAUAUUCCCAGAAGCAGUGUCUAGUCUACCAACUCUCAGAGAGCUUGUUUUUUCUGAUAAUGCCAUCACGGAACUAUCAGAUUCAGCUUUUCGAAAGAAUCCGAAGCUUACCUUAUUGGAAAUGGGUGGAAAUCCAAUCACCAAAGUGGGAAGUGGAACUUUUUCCAAUUUACCUAGCCUUAAGAAAUUGCGAGUUUCGGAAGCAAGGCAGAUGGAACAGUUUCCCGAUCUAACAGGUACAGGAGCACUUGAAUUAUUAACCCUUGACCGGGCUAACCUAAAGCACAUACCCCAUGAUUUAUGCAAGAAAGUUCCUUUUUUGCGAAGAUUGAUUCUUCGUUCUAAUAAAAUAAAUAAGAUUCCAGAUCUUCAGGAAUGCCGAGAACUUCGACAAAUAGAUUUCAGUUACAAUGAGAUUGCAUCCAUCGAUAAUUCACCAUUUCAGUUUCAAAACAAAUUAAUAGAUCUCUUCAUUAGUUUCAAUUUCAUCACUUACAUUCCAGAAGAGGCAUUCUUGGGAUUAGAAAACCUGCAAGUCUUAGAUAUGAUGCACAAUCAAAUUGAAAACAUACAUGAAAACGCAUUCAUGAACUUAUCAAAGUUAAGAGACCUAAAUUUAGGUGAGAAUAAGUUCUCUGUAUUGCCCACUGAGGGUUUGCAGAAUCUGAGGCAACUGAAGACGUUCAACAACAGGAAUCUUCGCGAAUUUCCACUUCCAGAACACUUCCCAAAAGUCCACACCCUCGCUUUGUCUUACGCUUACCAUUGCUGCAUAUUCCGACCCCUUGCAAGAAGGCUUCCUCUGCCCGCUACAUUGAAAGAAACAAUUGUAUGGUUGACCAGAGAAGAUGUCGAUAUGGAUGCCUGGAGCACCAACAUUACCGACGUCUGGCCUGGAUACGAAAAUUUUUCCUCCAAGUUCGAGGAAUUCGCUAGUCAAUUAUGGAAAACCUUUGGUCGAGAUUAUACAAUUCCUGAUAAUUUAGCGCAGUUUGCAGAAGAGUACUUCCAAGAUUACAAGAUUAGCCAAGGUCCCGAUAAUGCUGGUCAUGACAAACAACCUGUUCAGUGCUUACCCGAACCAGGUCCUUUUAUGCCUUGCGAAGAUCUAUUUGGAUGGUGGAGCUUAAGAUGCGGAGUAUGGGUUGUUUUCCUACUGGCCAUGUUAGGCAACGGAGUUGUAGUUGUUGUUCUGCUGUUUGGCCGGAGUAAAAUAGAUGUCCCGCGCUUCUUGGUCUGUAAUUUAGCUAUGGCAGACUUCUUCAUGGGAAUCUAUUUAGGCAUAUUGGCUGUGGUAGAUGCCUCUACUCUUGGAGAAUUUAGGGUGUAUGCCAUCCAAUGGCAGAUGUCCUCCGGUUGCCAAAUUGCUGGAUUUCUUGGAGUUCUAAGCAGUGAACUAUCUGUGUAUACUUUAGCUGUCAUAACAUUGGAAAGGAACUAUGCAAUCACUCACGCAAUGCACUUAAACAAAAGAUUGUCGCUAAAACAUGCUGGUUACAUCAUGAGCGCAGGCUGGACCUUCGCACUACUGAUGGCUAUUCUUCCCUUAUUUGGAAUUAGUGAUUAUCGCAAAUUUGCUGUAUGCCUUCCAUUCGAAACCGAAGACCCAUGGUCACUUUCUUACGUUGUGUUCCUCAUUUUAAUUAAUGGCGUGGCUUUUUUGACUCUCAUGGGCUGCUACCUCAAAAUGUAUUGGGUCAUACGGGGCUCCCAGGCAUGGAACUCCAAUGACACCAGAAUAGCCAAAAGGAUGGCCUUAUUAGUGAUAACAGACUUUAUGUGCUGGGCUCCCAUUGCUUUCUUUUCACUGACUGCAGUAUUUGGAGCCAAUCUUAUAUCUCUAGAAGAAGCCAAAGUGUUUACAAUAUUUGUCUUACCUUUGAACAGUUGCGCCAAUCCAUUUUUGUACGCCAUUUUCACGAAACAGUUUAAGAAGGAAUGUGUUUUGAUAUGUAAACGAAUAGAAGAAUCUAGGGUGACCAGGGGUAUAGGCCGAUGCAGGCACAGCUCGAACUUCUCAAACAGACAUACACCAGCUAACACCAAUUCAGCUGGUGAGAGAAAGAGUGGUGGCGCCCAAGCAGCUUAUGAUAGUCAACCAGUGUGUCAGUGUGGUGCUCACAUAAAAGCUUCCUAUGCCGCCAAAUACUCUGAAACUCCUGUUUUGACUGAAGCUCGCUGGAGGAGCUUAGCUAGACGUUAUUUAAUGUUUCAGUUUACUAGAAGAGAAACCAAUAUGAAUGAAUAUCCCAAUCCUCGAGCGGCUGCGUACGCACAACGUCGCGGAAGACCGGAUCCCAUGCAAAAGAGAGGCUCCAGCAUUUCUAGUGACAAUUUUUCUUCGCGCUCGGACAGUUGGAGACAAGGAAAUUUUCCUCUUCGAUUGCUGGAAAAAGGUGCGCGGAGAAAUUCUUGGACAGGAAGCACGCAGAAAUCAUCUCAAGACUCCAGCAAUUCUUGCAGCAGGCAAGAUUCAUCUUCGACUUCAACUUUCAGGCUCUCUAGGUCUAGUGUAAGUAGCGAUGCUUCUAGUUCUCGGCCUGGUUCCAGCAUUAAGGAGCGUGCUGCUUUGAAUACCAGCUAUCGGAAAGCAAUAGGUGGUCCCAACGGUGAAUUGCAAAACAGAUUCACGCGAGGAGUUACCAUUGCCAAUCUUCGUGAGAAGCCGCGGUUGUGUCGUCAAGGUGCUAUAAUGGAAGAGGCCUCUCAUCCUCCUAGGCCAUCGAUGUACAGGGGAGGCCCAACAGAAAUGGCAAUCAUGAGGAAAAAUCAAUUGCCACCUGUCCCUACUGCCAAAAAAGGAGUUUGUUCAACUUGUGGCAGAAGAGAGACUCUCCCUUCCUUAAGAUUCAAGAGCAAAGAACUGGAAGACAAGUUCAACUGCUUCUUUAAUCGUUUGGUUGAAACAAGCCAUGAAGAUAGCAGCGAGGUGAACACAUCCAAAGAUGAUCAAGCCUUAUCCACUGAUAGAUCCACGGAUGACAGAAAGACAGACUCUGGCAAAGAAACAGCCGACACCUCACUAUCUGAACAACCAAGUGAAGAUUAUGAUUUGCUAUGUUCCACUCUCAUUGAAAAAGAAUGCCCUACCUCAACAAAUCGUGUUAAUGUCUCAAGACCAAGUGGAUCUACAACUCGUUACGGAGGGUUCACUGCAUCAGCACCACGUCGCAAAGAUCACCACAAACCAAGAGUAUCUCCAUCUGUACACGUCAGCAGUGACGACAUUUCCAAAAAUAAAUCCCGGAGUAUGUCCAACCUGGGGAUUGACUUUAAACUGUUCUCGAGGCAGCGGAAAGCGGUCUCUGAUAAUUCCCUCAAGAAAAUCUCCCUGAAGAACUUGCCUAAUUUCCUAAGAUCCCUGUCUAGUCAAAGCACACAGAAUUCAAGUCAGAAAACAGUUCUGUGUUACAAAAGUCAGAGCGGUCAGUUGACACCAUACCCAUGCACCUCAAGGCCCAUUCCUUACUGUCGAAGUGAGGCCACCAUAAUGAACAGGUCCCCUGACUCCAGUAGAACCCCCAUGUGGUCACCUCACGGAUCACUAGGCAAACUGGCUCUCAGUGGUGAUGAGGCCUCAUCUGGAGCAGAUGAUGCAGAUAUUGACGAAGAGGACGAUGUCCUCAACGAAAGGACAAAGGUUCUUGUCCGGCGCAAAGUAAAUCAAAGACUACAGGAUGAUGAAGAUAGUGUCACGGACCCAGUUGUGUUACAACAAAUGCCACUGUGUGGCACAAACAGCACAACAAGUGAUGAUCAGCCUUUGAUUGAUAAGGAGGUUAAGCCCUCUUUAUCUUGAUCACUUUUAGGAUAUAAAACUCAAUAAUCUCACUCCGAAGUACUUACCUUAUUGCUGGCAAAAGAAAAAUAAUCUUAACUACUGCAGAAGCUACACAACUCAAAAUAUCCUAACUUAGAAACCUAUUUUAGGUAUUUACCAACAAAAAAUUAACCCUAGUUCAGUUGUUCAGAUUAUGUCAAACAGACUGAGGUCACACUCGAAGUCCCACUAGUUCCAUCAAGAGCUAGAUUGUGAAGCAAAGAUUUUGUAAUAAUUAUGAUUACCUAAAGGGUAACAGGGACUAAUUGUCCUCUAAACUUUUAAAUACUACCAAGCUUACAUUUUUACUAAAAUAAAUUUAAAAAAUAAUUUCAGUAAUAUAAUAACUGAAACUGCUACACUCGUAUAAGUAUUCUAAAAAAAAAGAAACAUGAGAUAGUGGCCAAAAUGCCCAUUUUAGCCAUCAAAUGCCAAAAUUCGUCAAGAAAGGGACAAUAACAUAAUUGAUAGUCCAAAAGGAAAUCCUAAAGUUGUUACGGCCUUUCUUUUCCUGAACAGUAUGAAGCAAGUUAUUUUAACCUAGUUUAAAAAUAAAAAAGAAGUAUAGGUCAAUAAGAUAACUGGUGCUAAGGUAACCAAUUACAAAGUAAAAAGUUGAUCUCACACUGCCUGUACUGGUACUGCCUGUACAGGCAGUGUGAGAUCAAUCUUUUUUAAUUAUUCUUUUUGGGGAUGUGUAGCUUCUGAAAGUACCUCCAUUUCAUUUCUGAAUUUUUAGAAUUAUGGGAUGAGCUUUAAAUGACUUGCACUUUGAAAACUAAAAGCAUUCUUUGAAAGAAAGAGUGGCAAGCUAGUCAAAAAUUAAAAUAAAAAAAUAUUAAUUUUCAAAAAUGCGAAAUUCAAAUUGUUUCGUACGAUGUAUAUAAAUAAUGUUGCCUUUAAUUUAUGCUAAAAUAGGAUGUUUGUUAAUUUUCUGUUCAUUGCAAAUUAUCAUCGACAUCAUCUUGAGGAAGGACUCCUAAUUUCUCAGAAAAUAUGGUGCAUAUAAAGAUUUUUAAUAUAAUUCUCAAUUUUUGAAUAAAAAUGAGGUGUGGGCAUUGAAAAAUCGAAUAAGUAACAAAAAUUCCUUUAUUUUGUCAUUUUAUAUUUUCAUUAUAAUGCCCUUUAAUAUAAUUUUCCUCCACAAUUCCUUCAUUACUUUACCUUAAUUGAAGCAAUGCUGCAAAGCAUUUUUGAAAGCAUGUUCAUGGUUUUAUUGAAUUUUCUUUGACAACUUCACAAGUUUCAAAUCUGCGAUCAAUGAUAAUUUAGCCAUAACAGAAGUCUACAUGGUGCUAAAUCGAUUAAUCAGGAUGGAUGCUUUGUCAAAGAUAUUAUGCUUAACUUAAUUUAUAGAAAUCACAGCAUUGCCUGUUAUGAAAACUACGACUUGUUUUACAAAUCAAAUUUUCUUUUUUUGCCUAUGUACUAAGAGUAGUAAGUUUUUUUAUUACAAUUUUGUUGUUUCUUGUCCAAGUGGUCUAACCAAACUAGACCAGUUCCAUAAGCUUCCAGAAUGUAUAGAAGAGGUUUUGUAAAAAAAAUUUGUUUUACAUAAAAUCAAUACAGUAUUUGAACUAGAAUGCUCGCAGAAUGGGCACACUAUGCUGGGAGAUUAGCUCCUUGGUAGGGCCACCUAAGGCAUGAAGGCCAUUCCCAUACGUCCUGCUAAAGCUAGCAGGCAAAGCCACAGAGAAAAAUCAGACUCACGAUCGCAUAAAAGCUGAUACACUUCCCCUUUUAACUUGAGUCCAGCGCACUUUUUUUCUAUAAAAGCAUUGAACAGAUUUGAAAUAAUCAAAGUUGCAAAGAAAAUCUGGAUAAAUAUGCUUUCAAAAAAAUAAUUUUUAACAUUGUGUUGAAGAAUGAAAAAUUUGCAUUCAAAUAUGAAGGUUAAAAGAGACUAUGUUAAAAUUAUGAAAAACAAUCAAUAAGUGAUUUAAUCGUUGUGGGUUGUUUUAAAGCCGCACCUCAUACUAAAAAAAUUAAGGGAUAUUUUUUGUGUAACUAUAUGUGCUGAAUAUUAAAUUAGAAAGAUAACAAUAUUUUAGUCAAUUUCUUUUAUUUAUUUUUUAGAAAAUUAAUUUUCCUUGUAAAUGAUUUGUGCCAUGCUAAAGAGAAUUGUAAUGUAAAUCUAAUAAGCAUUUAUCUGAAUAUUUAUGUAACUUAAAGCAUUCAUCUUGCAGCAGAUAAACUAUCUUACUCAUUGACAUUGUUCAUAAACUUGCAUCCAUCCAUACUGUAAUGAAUUAUGAGAAGUUUUGUAAGUAAAUGAUUACUUAUAAAGGUUUAUUGUUAUAUUAAGAGCUGUGCAUACUUAAAUAUAACAAAUAUUUCAAUAAAAUCGUUAAAAUAAACAA